CCCGUUACCCACCUCUGCCCUUUCCGUUAGAAAAUCUCAUUUACUAUAUAAGCCAAAAUUAGAACGCAAAUAGAACCCUAAAAAAGGACCGAGCUCUCUUCCCUCUCUCUACCUUCGAACCCCCAAACCCAUUUCCCUUUGUACUCUGAUUGCCAAAGUGAAAUUUGAACAUGUCUUAUUCAAGUUAUUACUCGGGUUCCAAUCACCAUUCAUGCUCUGCUGACAGUUGCCGGCUAUGGACUGCUCUGACCUGGAACAAUUUUGGGAGAAGGUUUUAUGGGUGCAGCUACUAUGAUGUGGAUGAUGAACUAAUUGUAAAUACUUUAGGUGGUUGGAUGGCAAAACAUGUAAGCGUGGAUCUGAAGUUGCACCCAUUUUCCUUGCAAGAUUCAGUAUGUACAAGAAUCAAGCAAGAGUUGCAGAGGAAAAGGAAAAAGAGGCUACUGAUAGGGAAACAGCAACUAUUGAGAAGGAAAACAAAGCCAAGCAAAGGGAAGAAAAAGCUAGGAUGAGAGAGAGGAUAGCUAAAGAGAAGUUACAGAAGUACAAAUUUGCACUUGUUGUGUCAUGGGAGUUUUUUGCUAUUUUGUAUGUGGUUUUUUGGUAGGAUGAGAGAAUUUGGAACAAAGCCAUUAUGUCUGCCUUGAAGGUAAGUUGUUGUAGUUAUUGUAUAAUUUUGGGUACUACCACUGACAAGUGUAU